GCUCCCUCACCAUCGUCAUCAUCCAUCAACGCUGAAGAGACAUAAAUAACCGAACAUGCCGCCAAAAAAACAGCCGACCGUAUCCAACAAGAAGAAGGGGACUCUACCACCCGGUGCGACACAGGCUGUAGCUUCAACCCCACCACAGUCCCUAUCAUGGCCACCCUUAACCCCGCUACUCCCGCCUUCAGACCUGGAACUGAGAGACGUUCUACCGGAACAGAUCCUUACAAUUCCCAGAUUCUUCACCUCGACGCUAUGCAAAACAUAUGUCAACUACCUCCAGAAAUCCGUUUCAUUAACCACGACACCUGGAAAACCGAAACACGGCGAUGCGGUCCGCGUCAACGACCGUUUCCAGAUCCAUGAUGCAGCAUUCGCGGAGCGGUUAUGGACUGAGAGUGGACUGAAGGAUGUCGUUUCUAGGAAGGAUAACGACUUAUGGGGAGGUGAAGUUGUGGGACUGAAUACGAACAUACGAGUCUAUCGCUAUCAAACCGGACAGUUCUUUGACAAGCACUACGAUGAUUCGAAUCAGCUGAUGCACGGCGAUCCACCAGUGCCUUGCCGAACCACCUGGACGUUGUUGAUCUACCUCACUGGCUCUGCAGACGGCAUCGUCGGCGGCGAGACGGUGUUUUAUACCGAUGCUACAAGGACAAAGAGGAGUGAAGAGGUUGUUGUCGAUCUGGAGAAAGGACUUGCCGUGCUUCAUAGGCAUGGGAGGGAGUGUAUGCUUCACGAAGGAAGACAGGUCACAGACGACGGUGGCGUGGGGAAGUGGGUCUUGAGAAGCGAUUUGGUGGUCAAACGGUAGAUUACUAUAGCCGCGCUUGAAACUUAUUUGAGGUUGCCCAAGAGGUUCUGUAUUGGGGUUUCUGAGAGGGUUGAAGAAGAGGCAUGGCUCCACUCGAAAAACAAGUGGUUGUGAUUGAUGCCUUUUAUAUGAGCGGGCGACGAUCAAAACAAAAGCUUAGAAUGUGUAAAUAGCGGACAAUGGCGGGGAACUAAAGAAGCUAUCGGGCAAGAAGAAAGAGAGAGAACAUCAGUUUAUUUCGCAUGCA